CCGCGCAUGCUCCGUCGGGACUUUGGUAACCGAAGCCCCCAGCAUACCUGUCGGACUACUUCGGGAUCCGUUGCCGCCGCCCGAGUGUCCAGGCCUGGCUCGGACGCGCAGCCGCCGCCGUGGAGGAGCGCGGUCCCUGGUGCGGGACACAGACUUGCUGGUAGCUCCGGGAUGGAAGGAGGCGGGAUGGAAGGAGGCGGCAGCGGCGGGCCCCCAGCCAGCCAGGCAGGAGGAGCGGAGACGGAGGUUCCCAGGAAGGAUGACGUCCUGCUUCUGGCCGAUGAAAAGUUUGACUUCGACCUGUCGCUGUCUUCUUUGAGUGCGAACGAAGACGAUGAGGUCUUUUUUGGGCCCGUUGGGCACAAGGAGAGGUGUGUCGCCGCCAGCCUGGAACUCGGCCACCCAGGUCCAAGCCCCCCACAGCCUCCUUCGUCGGUGUCAGAAAGUCCCUUCCGCUGGAGCCCUCUCGCCGGGGAGAAGUUCGUGGAAGUUUACAAGGAAGCGCGCCUCCUGGCCCUGCAGAUCGAGAGCAGCAGCCGGAGCGCGGCCGCCCCGGCCCCGGCCGGGCCUGAGGACGCGGGCAGCCAGGGCGUGGAACGGUUCAUACAGGAGUCGCGGUUAAAGAUGCUCCUGUUCGAGAGGGAAAAGGAAACCCAGAAAAGCCCCAACUCCCUGAAGAGGGAGACGUACUGCCUGCUGGACAGUCCCGCCAGCGGCCCGCAGCUGCCAGGAAGCCAGCCCACCUCGGGCGUGGGCCCCGCCGGGGCGCAGGGCCCACCGCGCUCUUCUCGGCCUUUGCCCGUGGAACCAAGCCCCGCUCGCCCUCCGCACCUGGCAGUCCCUCAGAAAAAGGUGGCCAGCAGGUUGCCGCCGCCCCGGGCCUCGUCUGCCAGGGGAGGGAGCCUGCCCGUGGCCGCGGAGAAGCCUCCGAAAGAGAAGCCGGCCAGUCCUUCCAGGAUGAAAAUCCCACACGAGAAGGAACCCCACGGGGACAAGGCCAGGGCUGCCCGGGAUGCCACCACCCUGCCAGCCAGCAGGAGCCACUUAGUCCAGGGCAAGCGAUCGCUCCCUGCUCCAAACAAGCUGGGGCUGAAGAAGACGCAGCUGAGGCCGCCCGGCGGCGCGGGGGGUCCUGCACGACAGCCCUGCGCCCGGGGGUCUGUCCCGGGCGGGAGCGCCAGCCUGGGCGCCUCCCCGGCGGCCGGCAGAGCCAAAUCCAGCGAGCGCCCCAGCGUCUCUGCAGCCCGCGCUCGGCCUCCCGACCCCCGCCAGUUGGGCCGUGCGAGAGCCCCCGCCGUCCGGCCGGUCGCCGAGCUGCCCGCGGCGCCCACCGCCCUGGCUGUCAUGCAGCCGCAGACGCCAGAACAGGGGGGCGGGCGGCUGAGCCCUCGGCCCAGUCUGUCCCGCUCUCAGCUGCGCUGCCCGGGCAGCGCCAGGCGGGCCUCCUUCCUGAUUUCCCAGACGAAGGCCCCACCCACCCCGACGAGUCAGUUUAAAAUCCCCGCGUUUCCUCCUGGUGACAGCACGACGCCUAGGUUCUCAGGGGCACGGAGGCUGCAGUCCUGCACGUCGGUGGGGAGGGUGGCCCACAGCACUCCCGCACCGCGCCCCUCCGGGCCGGCCAGGACCCCCGCCAGCACCACACGCGCGUCCGGCCUGCCCACGCCCGCCGGCCGUCGGCUCUCUGGCCUCCCAUUGGUGACCCCUAGCACCGUGCCCAGGACCCUGGCUUCUCCCCUGUGCGUGUCCACUCGGCAGCUGUCAUCUGAGCCCCGGAGGAUGUCUGCAGGGAGAGCUGCGCCAGGGAACGGGGGCAGCCAGGCAGUGGCCCCAGGCUCCGACGUGUCCUCGGACGGGAGUCUUUCUCCGGCUGUGCCGCAGGCUCUCAGCUUUUCUCCAGAGAAGAGUGAGGCCGCCGUUUCAGAAAGUGCUGCCGCAGAGCGAGCGCUGGACGCGGCCCAGCCCCCUGAGGAGGCGGCCCCCCGAGAGGUAAAGGAAACGACGCCUGUCCCUGUGCCCCUGCAGGCUGUCCUCGUGGACGUCCCGCUGGGCCAGCGCGUCACGCCAAGCACCGGGCGCCCCCUCGGCGACCCCCCUCUCAUCGACCUGAGCCUCACCCCAGAGGCUCCUGUGGCUUCGGGACCUGGAAGUCGGCCUCUGCUCGACCUCCUGGCGAACACCCCGGACACGGACAGGAAAGCCACGGCCAAGCCGCUCCCCGGGGUGGGACAGCUCAUAGACCUGUGCUCGCCGCUGAUCCAGCUGAGCCCCGAGGCCAACAAGGAGAACCUGGACUCGCCGCUCCUCAGGUUCUGAGGGCAGAGCCGCCUUCACCUCCGUCUCCCUGUGAGCACACACCGUCCGCGCGUGGCUCCAGCCCUCAGACGCCCGCUUUAGGAGAAAUUAUAUUGGAAAAAAGUUUAAAAACCUCAGGGAAAUUCCCUGGGGGUGGGGGCGUGGGAUGGGGCGUUGGCCACCUGCGGUCACUGCCGCCACUCCCUGCGUGGUGCCCGUCGGAGUCCACAUGAACUUCAUGAAUCUUUUUUAUGUAAAAUAGCAAAUGACUAUUUUAAGAACUAAGUUUGUAUAAAAGUUAAGUAUUCUAGGUUUAAGUUAAAUUGUAAAAUAAGCGAAAAUAUGUUAAAGCAUAUCUUGGUUUCAAAUA